UGUCAAUUCAACUUCAUCUACGAUGCCCGUAACUGAAGUACAGGUAUUUUUGAUUUGUUUUCCCUUUUCGCGUCUAAAAUUUUCCAUCGAUGUAGUAUUUUAUUUUUCAAAGGCUUGACGAAUAUUUUCCUGUUCAAACCGAUACGUCAACAGGCAAUUUAGACGUGUUCAAUACAUUUCAUUUUGUAGCAUACCAUGACAGAAUUACUGCCUAACUGACUUUAAAUUAUUGAUUUUUAUUUUCAGUGGAUCGGGGCCAGUUGUGGACGGCACAGCACUUACACCUUCUACAGAGGUUUCAGAUUAAUUGUCGAUGGCGUGGCAAAAAAUUUCUGUCUCGGAGAGUUUUAUUUUGUGAGGAAUUCCACAGACCAACCGAUAUGCAUAGCUGAACUACAAUUAGUUUGGUACGACGCGAGUACUGACAGCCAGCUUGCUUCCGCGAGGCUUUAUUUUAGACCCGAAGAUACUCCCGCAGGACGCCUUGCAAACCACGGACAGGUCAGUUAUUUAUAAAUUUACUUACCAGGGAUUUUAUUUCAUUUUAUUGCUUUGAUUUGCCGUUUUGGAGCCCGUAAAAUGGCCAAGGUUAACAAAUCUAAAAACACUAAAAAUUUGUUUGUUGAAGUUAUAAUGCUUCAUUGAUUUUGUGAAGACGUUGUUAGAAAUUUUGCGCUGGAUCGUCGAUUUCAAAUUAUCUUUUUUUUACCGUAGAAAUCUGAAAAAAUCAAAUUAUCUUUAAUCUUUCUUCACUUUAAAACUUAAAACAUGAGCCCAGGAGAAAGAAAUUAUGGCGUAUUAAAACGGAAUAUUUAAGCUCAGUGGAACACGCUUUUGUAUCUGUCUACCACUUGUAUGUCCUAUAUUUAGAUGAAUAUUUAUUAGAACUGAGAAAAAAUAAUGUGCCUAAAAUAUUUUGUUUUUUUAGUAGUGAUCUUAAGUUCAUCCAGUCGUAAGUGUAACACUUCUUGGCAAACUGAUCGAGAAACUGUGAUUUGGUCUUUUGUUUCUAUAGCGCGCCGCGAGGAAGUGAAAGAAUUCCCAUGUGCUGAACUUCAUUAAAUUUCAUUUCUUAAUUUUGAUAACGUCCGAACUGAUUUUAUAGUCUCUUAAUUGCCUGGAUAAACUGUUUAGAAACUCAAUAGUCAAGAGAUUCAAAUUGACAGUUUAUUGGUAAGUUCAGGACUCAUCGAAGUAUUUUAUCAGCAACAGCUCGGUGGUUCCAUGUAAUGAAGUUUUUACAACACCACGCAAUUUAUAUUCAUGAGGUCAUAUCAGUAAACAACGUUUUAUUCAUAGUGCGUUCCGUGCAAUGUUUACAAUUAUUUCCAAUUUUUUACUCGAUUAGGGUGCAAAUUUAAUUUAAAAUUUGCGAUCAUUAAAUUGAGAAAUGAAAAGUUUAUAUGAGUUCGAUUAUUUAAGCUAUAAAAACAGCUAGCGGUGUUUGAUGAUAACAAAAGAAAUUGAUUUGCAUUUUUAGCACCGCAAGUAAAAUUCACUCGCGAUGUUUCCGGUCGAGAGAUUGUAUUUCAGUUUGCGAAGUAAUUUUUAUUCUGGGCUAUAGUUUUGUUUUCACUAUUAUCAAUUUUACGAAUAAAACGCAUACAUAACAAUACCUGUUUUUCGGCGCUAUUUUAAGCAGAAAUUGACAUUGUAUGUGAUGAAAAAUUACACCUCUGUGCCUUCGACAGAUGUGUAUUAAGUCAAAACAAUAGGAAAUAUUUGAAUAAAAAUAAUAACCUGCUUGCAGCUUUAGAAAUCUAAGUAAGUGAAUUUUUCUCCCCUACCCGAAAACUCGUUUUAGAUCGAUUUCUCGACAAAAAAUAUUCGCUUUGUUUUUGGACGUGAUUCGGCAGAUUUGUACUAUUUUAAGAGCCAUUUUGAACAGAAAUCGAUGCGUGUAAACAAAUUACCACAUGGUCUUGAUAUUAAUUGGAAUAAGGAACCACGGAUUGUUUUCAUGAAAUAUUGUUUGAUGGUGCUCGUUUUGACGUUGAAAUUGCUAAAUGAUAGAUAUAGUGAUGAUGAUACGUACGGACUGAUUUAAGUUUAGUUGAAAAUACGGCUCGCAUUCUGUUGUAAAUUCACUGGUUACUUAAUACGUGUUGUAUUACAUUAUCUUUUUAUGUAGGAUUAAAUGGGAGAUCAAGUCAAUUUUUACCAUUGUUUUAAUUUUGCAUCCACUUUAGACGUCUAAGGGCAUAUUUUAGGCAAAAGAUUUUGAUAGAUCGCGAAAUUUUGUUUCUUAAAUGUGCUUCACACUAUAUUCUGGUUUGAUAAUUAAUCGCUCCGUGAUUCCGCUUGUCAGUUUCAUUGUUGAAAUAUCUCGAAUGUAUCAUUGAAUUUUAGUUGUGAUUUUUGUACGGGAUGCAAUGUCUCUUUCCUUGUAUUUCAUGUGAUUAAUACCAAUUAAAUAUCUAAAUUGUCAAGUUUGAUUUUUUUGGAAUUGUUUUCUUUGGAAAGGGUUCAACACUCAUCCGAGCUCGGUUAUAUGUUAAUUUCACUGUGCAAAUAAAUUACUCUGGCUCUGGUUGGAAGAAUUUGAAGUUCCAAGUUCUAAAUUUAGGGAUAAAACAAGUUCCUGUAUCACAAUAAACAUGUAUAAAAUCAAGUGAUUCAAUGUUAUUUAAUAUCUCUUAGUACUGAAGAAUAAAUUCAAGUCAAAUCUCUUGUGAGAGCUGAAAGGAUUAUGAAACAUAAUCAAGGGUAAUUCUGCUAUUUCUUGCCAAACCCAAUUAUAGAAUUCUUUCAUUUUGAUUGUUUUUAUUCCUCAAACUUGUUCAAUAAAUGUACCAAGUCUCAACCUUCAGAAUAAGUGAACACUAUUUGGAAAAUGUCACAAUUUGUUAUCUGUUUUUUGUUUGACUGUUAUUUGAUACAAUUAAACAAAAAUUUUAUUAAUUUCAGCGACAGUGCUACAUUUACUGUUUAAUUUAUUUCGGUCAUAAAAGAGUUGUUCCGUAAAAUACUAUUUAACAUUAACAGCUAAAUGUUAGUUGAUUAUUCUGAGUACUUGAAAGAGUAUUGCAAGUGACCACUCUUAUGCACUUCAAUACACUAUUGCCAAGACCAAGUUUGGCUUUAAGCACAUGUUCAUAUCAAAAGGCCUUGAAUUAAUUAGCAUUCUGUACUUUUUGAUGUUUAUCAAAUCAAAAUUUUCCUUCUUGCUGAGUUUGAUCUGCCUGUUCCCAUGUUUUAUUCAGUGAAUGUUUAAUUAUAAAACAGGGAACUAUUAGAUCACAUUUAUUUUUAUCUAGCAGUGUGCAAAAUGAACAGACUCCAUAACAGAACAUUGUUCCCUAGCAAGAACUGCAUUGUUGAUACACAUGUGCAGAGAAAGGUUGGAUAGACUGUCAGAUUUUUAGGCUUCAAUUAAUAAAAUUAUUUGAAUUGUUAUUACAUGUGAGUCUCGCAAGAUAGGAGAGAACAAUUAGCCCUUUACCCUAACACUUAGCACAGCCAUGGGUUUUUAGAUGCUUUUUCAAUUUUACUGUAUAUGGUUACAAGAGAAUGUUUACCAUGUUGUAUUAUUUGAAUCAAUGUUUUCAAUAAAACAUAACAAGGAAGUCAUACUGCUUUUCCUUUUAUUUAUCAUAUUUUUUUUCAUUUUCAAGGGAGUGAUAAGUGUAUAAUUUGGAUUGAUGAUUAAAAGGUUGUUGUUGAUACAGUUGUUAGCUAAAUCUUGGAUUAUUUUGAUCAUCUUACCAAGUUUACAAUGAAAUUUGGAAUAUCUGAGAAAUUUAACUUCUCAAAAUUGUGUGAAUAGAUCUUUGCAUCAGGUUCUGUAUCACUUCAGGGUACUCAGUCUCAUGUAAUUUUUGUUACGUUUAAACUUCUGUGGAUUUUGCAGAUUUUCCAAUAUCCACAAAACUAUAACCCUGCAGAAAAAGAAAAACAUAUUUUAGCACUCCAAAUUCAUGUAUUUCAGUUAAAUGAAACAUGCAUCAAGCAAAUCAAGUGUCAACUGGUCUGCCAACUCACUUGAAAUAACAGUGAAUGUACAAAUCAUCCACUGCUGUAAACUACAAUGUGGAUAACUCAGCUCAGUAGAAUAUAUAUAGAAUAUUUUUUUAUUUAUUUUUUUUAAGUUCUUCUCCUUGUUGAUGUGCAGCUGCUUCAGCAGAAAUUUUCUUAAAUUAUUUCCAAGCAGAAAUUUUAAUCAUCUGGACAAGUAAAAAUGUGUGCUUUCAAACACACAACAAAAUGGCAUUUCUGUAAUUGAAACUUCUUCAAAUUUUUCAUUCUAGCAGGCAAGAAUGUAAGGAAUCUAAGUGCAUACAGUAAAUGAACUUUUUACAAUUAAAAAUCAGUGAAGUUGCUUGCCAUUGAUGUGUUUUUGUAUAUUAGUAACAGUGGGGUCCAAUAUGUGCUUUAUUUGGCAUUUUUUUAUGUUUCGAGUUUCAAGUUGUGCAUUCAAGGAAUAAUUGGGUGCCUGGAAAUCAGACGUGAGAUCGGACAUGAACAUCCAGUGUUAUAGAACUGAAAUGAUUAUCAACUGCGCAAGGCCCAGAAUUUGCCAUCACUUUAAUUGGCCACCAACUGUGGUUUUUUCCCCCAAAAGAAUGCUGCAUGGACCUUUCUGUUAAAAUAUCACUUGUAGUUGAAUUUUCACAAACAAGAGUCACAUUUAGACCUUCCUUGCUGAACCUUGGCAUUACUCCAAAAUGAUGUGAUAAUCUUAAUUACUAAGGGAUAUAUGGUCAUUUUCAGGUUUUAUUAUCAUUUAUUAAUUUUUGUGCUUUGAUCUUGUAUCUGAUUGGUGAUGAUAGUAUUGUUUUUCUGUUCUUUUUAAGACUAUACGUCGAGUACUUUUUAUCCCACCUAAAAUUUAAUUCUAAUUUUAGGGUAUUAAAGCUGAAAGGCAUUUUGUCUAGACAGAUAUAAUAUUUGUAAGAUGACCUUGUAAAAUUUUUAGACAUAUUUUGAUAUAAUCCAACUUGUAUCUUAACUAAGUGUAGAUAGAAAAGUGGGAGCAGUCUUAAGUGCAAUAUCAUCUAACCUGGCUGGUGAAUUCUGUUCAUGUGUCUUUUUGGCAGCACUCACCUUCAUUGCUCUCUCAAACUAAAUGCAUCACAUCAUCAGUCUUUCAAAUGUGUUUUUAACUUCAAAACUCAAGCUUUCAGCUGCUUUAACUGCUCUCUUUGGUGAAUGAAAUGACGAGAGACCAGAAUUUGUAAAUACGUCAUGUGUAAAUAAACACAAAACAAUUAAUAUUUUAUUGAUAAAAUUGAUUCAUAGAUUUUAUUUUACAUGUGUUCAAAAUGACUGUAUUUAUUUGUUUAUAUUUAUUAGGAUGAGUUACUAUAUGCUGACCAGAAGGUUGUCAUUAAAUGCCACGACAUGGCUGUAUGGCAGAAUUCAGGACUCCAAUGGAAUUGUGGCAUGUUACCCUUGUGUGAAAGUGAUUUUGUAUGUGUCAAUGACAAAUACUAUUUGAACAGCAACAAUGUUGCUAAGGAGAAAGAAACUUUAAAAACUGCCAGGGAGGCAUGGAUGAAAAGGGAUCAUCCUCGCAGCCUCCACAUACUUACAUUUCCGGCUUAUUGUCGCUACAGAGCUCUUAAAAGGAGGCUUUUAUCGGGCAUGUUUUUGACAAGAGCCCAGUUGACUGCACUGGGUGGAGUUAUUGCGGAACACAAAAGUAUACGGGUGCUCUUCUGUAGAGAUAGUUUUCAUCAUCCCAGCUUGGACAAGUUUGAAUUAUCUGGUGAUAACAAAGGUAUGAAUAAUAUUGCAUGUUAAGGGUUUUUUUCUUUUUUAAGAAUUGUAGAAGGCAACAAUUGCAAGCUAACAGGAUACAUAACAGCUCCAUGUUUGAAGAAAAGCAAAGCUCAGGCCAUCCAAAUUUAGCCAGAGAAUUCAGAGUAGGAUCUGGAGAAUUCUUCAAUCUUUUAUGCUUAAUCCUUUGCACCCAGACAUUAGCAUUUUAGACAUUAGCAUUGUCCUUUAUUUUCAUGAUCUAAAUGAAUGGUUCACCAGUAUAAGAAGAAAUAAGAAGCUGGUCUCUCUUAUGGUUUUUCAGGUUUGGAAUAAUCUUGAUUUUUCCAGAAUUGUGGUCAGAUGUGAUUGUUUUUUUUCCUACAUAUAAACAACCAACUGAACUAUUUCUUGAUAUACAAGGCUGAUACUGAAGCUCUUGUUGCAGAAAAGAUUGAUACUUGUAUAUUAUUUUCCUGAAGCUAAGUGAUCACAAGGUGAAGAAAUGUAGCACAAUUGUGCUACUGAAUCUAUGCUCCAACCUAGUUCAGUGAAUGUGGACAUUUUUCAACACUGUCAAUUCCAAUUCAACAUAGAAACAGAGGACAAGAAGAGCUACCUUGUGGAAUGUCCACUGCAAAAUCCCUUUUUUUCCACUUUUAUUUAUAUCCCCUUUUUCUUUCUGUUUACCAGCACCAGUUCUGAAAGGUAGGCCAAGGAAGAAAAAGAAGCUUACUGCGCAAAACAAUGUGCUCAAGAAGAAACGGUUUGUGGCAGACAUUCAAAAUCACCUUGGAAAUUCACCAGCAGCAAAACGAUGCAAAUUAUCAGAGGAAGAAGAGAGUGCAGGUUCUGAUAUGUCAGAAGGUGUGCAAGACAAGAUAAAGGCACCUCCUGCAAUGGGAAGGAAAACUAAGACCAAUGGGCCACCGCCCUUAAUAAAGCCACGAAUACAAGUCAAUAACACAGAAAAGGCAGAAACAGCAGAGAUUCCCAAAAUUGCUGUUCAAGAUGUGCCAUUGGCAAAAGGAGAGCAUACAAAGAUCCCACCUCCUCUUAUUCCCUCUAGCAAGAUAAAGGCAGAUGUGCUGUGUCUCUCACAACCACUGCAGUCUAGUCAAAAGGAAAUCAGUACAAAUAUUUCAGAGUGUUCAAGGACCACACCUAUUCAAAAGCAAGUUUUCUCUUCGAACGCAAAGCUAAGGGAUGUUGAAAACAGUAUGACCAAUAAAAAGACUGUUUCACUGAUGAAACCACACUUGACUGAUAGAGUUCGAACAAAUGUUACAGUUAUACCUGCUUCAAGUUCAAGCUCUAUGUCAGAGAGUAGGACAAGCAGAGUACCAAAUUCCCACACAGAAAACAAGAAAACUUCAAAUGGGACAGCUGUCACAUACACCCAUAAUGUUGACAAUUCGAGAACACAGCCAGCCGUCCAGGCCAAUGUACAUCCACCUACUGUCUUGAGCACCCGACCAGUAACUACAACACAAGGCACUGUCAGCACACAGCUAGCAGCAUCUACCUGCAAUGUUAUGCGCAACCAACCUGUGGCAUGUUUGCAGCAGCCCAUAAGCAGUGUGCAGUCAGUUCCAGCAAAAUCUUUUCAAAAUGCCACACCAAUUUCAGGACCCAUUUCAUCUUCAGUGAACAUCAAUGAUGUUACAAAGCCAAGGUUCAGUAAGGAAAAUGAUGAAAAACAUUUCAGACCACCCUCUGUUUCAGAGGAGAAGAAAGAGAAUGAGAUGAAACAAAUGGAGGAAUCUGUUUUGUGGAAAAAGAAGAAGAAAAGACUGAGGAUGCCUGGAAAUGUCAAGGAUGAGGUACUGCAAGUGGCACACUGUGACAAAAAAUAGUUGCUUUUGAAGAGAAUAAAACUUUGAAAUGAACAUUUGCCAGGAUGGGGAUAUUGAUGGGUUAGGGCAGGAUAGCAGGGAGUGGUGCAGUUGUAAUUAAUUUUUUUUUUUUGAUAGCACAUUGCAACAAAAAUAGUUGCUUUUGAAGAGAAUAAAACUUCAAAAUGAACAUUUACUAGGGUGGGGAUAUUGAUAGGUCAAGGGCCAGAUAACAAUAAUGAUGAUAGUAAUCAUAAUGAUGAUAUUAAUGGCAGUGAACACAAAUCCUUUGAAUUUCCUGUGAAAAAUGCCUGCUUCUGUUAUGAAUAAACAGGUGUAUGAUGACGAUGAUGAGAAGUUCUUCAUGCAAACCUUACGUGACUUCAUGAGAAAGAAUAACCAGCCACUUGGCAAGUUGCCUGCCUUGGGCUUUAAGAAAGGUAUGACUCUUGUGUUUUUAAUACUUAACUGUUUAUUAAGUACACCUAUUUUUGUUACCACGAGGUCAUGGAUUGGAUGAAGCUAACAUCAAAUUUACAUGUACUUCUAUAAAUACAAAAUUGCAUCCAUAAAUACAGUACAUACAUACAUCCGUAGAUACAUACACUGUGCUUAUGUACAUGAACAUGUAAUUACUUUUGAUACAAAUUUGCAACUUUUCAUGCUCCCAAAGGUAGCUUGUACACCAUCUUUUCUGUUAGUUAAACAAGAAUUCGUAGUUCUAAGGAUGUGGGUGUUAAAAAUAUACAUGCAUCCCUGUGCAAAUCCUGAUGCAGAAUACUUUAAAUUUUUGAGGUUUGGAAAUUAAUUGUGCAAAAGAAUUUUGCAUGACAGGGGAAAUUGUAAAAUGGUUAGGGAGAAAAAUUUUCAAACUUUUUUUGCUCUUUUAAUUAUUUUAAUAAUCAGUUGAUGGUUGUCUUAUUCCCUCAGUUAAUCUGUGGACAAUGUACAAUACAGUGCAGAAAUUUGGAGGCUAUGAUGCAGUAAGUAUCAAACUAUUUAAACUCAGUAGUUUGUUGCUUUACAUUUAGUAUUGUAAGUGUUGCAAUUCCCUUUAUGAAACAAAGGUAAGGUAAAAGUUGAAAAGUAUGUUAAUUGGUUUGGAAAUUGAUUUUUAUGAAAAAAAUGUUUCCAGUAAAGUAGGGAAAAGUCUCACAGAAUAUGCAGGUAUCUGAAUUGGACACAGGUCCUGUUUCCUGGUCAUUGCACAUGUUUGCGUGCUAAUAGAAGUGCAGGUGUCUGAGGCAUUAUUUUCAGUCAGGAUGGGGAAAAAACCUCCCAUAGAAACCAACUCCCAUUAAAAAAGCAACUUAUUUUGACAUUUACAUUGUAAAUUAGUCCGAGAAAUUACUUUUAUUGGCCUAUGAAUCUAACCCUUGUAGUUUGGCUUUGAAAGAAACCUCCUAAGCAGUUGUAAAUGUUCAUCUUGUAGGUGACUGGGAAACGUCUGUGGCGACGUGUUUAUGACUCACUUGGUGCAAGUACAACUAUAACAAGUGCUGCCACUUAUACCAAGAGACAUUAUGAAAGGUGAGUUUGGCAGUAAGUUUUUCUCACAGUGGCCAUUUAGAAAUGAUUACAUCUUUAACAAAAUUCUUGGUUGUUUUUCUUUGCCAUGUGUCCAUUUUCCACAUAUCAGAUGGGUAUGCCAUCGUAGCUGUCCUUUUGAGAGUUUUUUUACCACUAGAUACCUUUCAUUGUCCUUUCCUUUAACACUUUGACUCCCAGGAGUGACCAGCAUGUAACUUCUCUCUAUAAUAUCCAAACAUUAUCCAGUAAACAGGUGAGGAGAAUACUCAAACUUAUCAGGUAGAGGAUGUUAUUUUGAUCUUACACUAAAUUCUUGUAACUAAUUUACAAGGAAAUGUCUGGCAGCUAGAGGGGAGAUUUAACAAUCAGAACUUGGUAGUUAAAGGGUUAAGAUACACAUGUAUGUUCUAAUUUCAAUUGAAUGUCAUCCAGUUACAUUUGCAAAGCUUUCCUUGUCUGUAAUGUACUGGUAUGUUUAACCUGCAGCUGCCAUGAUGAUAAAAAUAUUUUGGCAUGCAUUUUCUUGUCUGAAAUCUUGCAGAAAUUAUGUGUUAUCCCCUUAAAUUAUUUGCCUUUUCUUUCAGGUUACUCUUGCCAUAUGAGAAGCAUAUAAGAAAUGAUCUCAAGAGACAGAUGGAUGAGAAAAAUCCCCCUUUUGCUGACAGCUGUGGACAAAAAGAGCUUUUAGACAAAACCAAGAAAAAACCAGGUUUAACAGUCUCCAAUAGCAAAGCAGUGCAACCAAGCUUUCAUGUAGACCAGGCUGUCGUAGAGAAGAAGCAGAAUCAGGUCAUGGAAAGAGAUAGAAACACACAUGAUAAUAUUGCACCAGUGUCAUCACAGCAAGCAAUACCUUUAAGAGUGACCUCCACACCUGAUGUAAAGAGGAAUGUAAUGCACAUAGCCCAUUCUCAAGAAAUGAAACCUAUUAUAACAACAUCAGCCAUCACCACAGCCUCCUAUAUGCAAGAAAUUUCACCUGUGUCUGUGAAAUCCAUCACAGAAGAGUCUAAACUGUGGAGGAGCAAGUCAGUUGCAAGCACAGAGCCACUGAUCACCUCAUCCUCUGACAGAAGAGAAAAAGUUGUUCCAGUGCAACAAUUUUCACAAGAGGGAACUGUCACUCAAGACAGGAAACAGCAUCGCAGGGAAGAGAUUCGUAGCCAUGAGGAAACAAGUGCAAGAACCAACUUUGUCUAUGCAAAAAACACAGUUGGUACCAAUCUGAAUCAAGCUAUUCCACCACAGAGGGUCUCUAAAGUUGUGAAUGAUGAUAUGCGAGUGGUACCACCUUUACAGCAGUUAAAUACUGCUAACAAAGGAAGAGAGAUUAUUGAUUUAACAUCAGAGGACAGCCCUCCUGGGGUACAGUCUAGGAGUCACACUGUGCCACAGACUCAGAAAGAAAUGCAAGAAAUAUCCAAGGUGCAGAGACCAAUAAUUGGUGGUGGAGAAAAUGCCAGGCUGAAACAUUUGCAGCAAUCGCAAAUAAAACAAGAACACAAUGACAGUUCAAAGCACCACUCCACUAAAGAACUAAAACCCAAAGUAGAAGGAUCCAUAGUUUAUGGUGUGCAGCCGUACAGUGGUCAACCAUUUAAUGGCAACAAGGUUCCACCUCGUGUUCAUGAAAGCUCUCCUGGGUUUACAACAAAGAAAGCUUUAGAUGAAGUCUGUCCACCUCUAAAACAAGAAACAUCCCAUUCCAAACAGGAGAAGAAGAGGCAUAAACAGGCACGAUCGGAAAACUUAGAAGGCUGCUACACACACUCCCCUUCAUCAGAGAGUGUUGAUGAGCAUUUUGCAGAAUGGCUACGAAGACAGUCCACUGGGCAACAGCAACAUCCUAAAUCUAGCACCAGACAUCACUACACUCCAGAACUUGGCCAGUUAAGGUAUAACUAUGUUUCCGAGGACCUCUGUCCCCCAGACUGCUCUUGCUCAUUAUCAGCAAGCAGGAAAGAUGAAAUUAGAGCCCCUCCACCAAAGCCAAAGAAGGAUCAUUACGAGGAAGAGCUACCAUUUCAUGGUAUGACAUUUUACCCAGGAAGAUGGAGUCCUUCCUCCAUGAUGCCAGAUCGCCCUGAUCUUUACAUAACCUCUCCUUCUGCUCAUUUGCAAGGACCACCAGACGCACUUUCGAGUCACUUGUGUACAGCAUCCAGGAUUUUCAUCCCCACACCCCCUAUGUUUAGUCCUACCUACCACUUGGGUGUGGCACCUGUGGGUGCUCCGGCCUUGAUAACGGGCACAGAUGAUCAGCUACACAUUCACCCACAUUGUUUGCUGGGAUCAACUUAUCCUGGUACAUCGAACUCAAGGACACCAGAAGGAACCAAUUACCCAUUAUACUCUUUUACUUAAGUGACCAUUUUGGUAACAAGGACUUGAGAAAAAACUGUAACAGAAGCCCAUGUUUGGAUAGGGGAAAAAACCAUACUUACUUCACUAGAAGAGCAUCUACCAUAAUUUACACAAAUCAUUCCUUGUGCUCUGAAGUCCUCAAAAAUAGCCACUCCUGCAGAAUUUCUCUCUUAAGAUGCUAGGAUUCAAAAUUUACACAGAAUUACAAAAGUGAAUUUUUUAAUGAUUUGUUGAUAAAUAUCCACUCGUUUAAAAAGUAAUUAUUUUGAAAGCAGCAUGUGUGGGGCUGUUUCAAGUGUAGAUGCUAAGUUUUCAUUGAUAUAAAUAUGUAGUUAACGAUGUUAUCUUUCCACCGAGGUGGGAAUUUCACGCUUAAGUGUUGACAUGGUGUUAAAUUACACAUUUUGAAUACUCUUUUUUAGAAUAAUCAGCUGGUCUGAUUCACUUGUUAACUCAGGAGGUACUCACAUUCAUUAGCAGCUCUGAAACCCUCUGUUUUCAGUAGUCUCACCUAAGGCUUUAACAGUGUAAUUUUUAGGAAGCUUUCAUUUCUGCUGGCAUUGUAAAUAUAUUUAUUUCGGCAUUCUGAACUCAUCAUACAUCUUCCAGAAAUUACAUUAUCACGGUAGUUUGAAAAAGACGCAAACUACAGGUCACCUAUUAGAACUUCAUUGUUGGACCCAGGAAACAUUAAUCAUAUAAAACCCUUUCCCUUUCAAGGGCUUGUGUUACAAGUGUUAUAUGGUCAAUUUUUGAUGACAUUCUCUCAUUUUCAUUGUAAAUUUUGUGAAUAUAAGGUUGCUGUUUGUUGCAGUGUGAGAUAAAGGCUUUAAUUUUCAUCAAUUAGAAAUGAAAUUAAAUAGCAAGAGAUAAUUGCUUGUAAAAUUUAUAAUUUAUUAAUUCCACAAUGCGAUUUUGCUUGAUUAUUUUUACAUUAAAACCUGAUUAAUUACGAUUUUCUUAUUGAUGUGUUAUGGUUUAAUUUGUCUUUGGUUCAAAGUUCAUUUUCCUUCCGUCAAUUUUGUCAUCGUACACUAUCACAGGGACUACAGAGGAAGCUAAAAUUUGAACCAAAAGCGAAAUUAAACCCCAACAUAUACGAGCAACUCUUUCUCAAGGGCUGGUUCAGUUGAUAACUAUUUCUAAUGUUACAACUAUGUUACAUUUUCAUGAUUGCUACCCCGUAGAAUUACCAAACGUUAUAUUUUAAGUCAGUUUGUGUUGUAUACAUUCUAGUAGAGUUUGGACCAACUUUCUACCGUUCAUGAUGGUGAAAAUUUUAGUUCACCCAGUAUAUUGUCAUAUUGCAAAGGUGUGAAAUAUUUUUUAGGUGAACACGG